AUGGAAAAAGACGAAGAGCUUCUCUCAUUAAAUACCUUAGCACGGAUUCUGACACUUUACUUUUCACCCGAAAACAGAACCAAAAUCACACCUACAGCAUUGACACUGAUUGCUCAGUACUUAAAGAUUUACACCAAAGAGGCAGUAUGUCGGGCGUAUGAAGAUAAGAAGGAAAAAAUGAUGACUGGCGACGAUGAUGAGGUUGUUCUAGAGAUAGAAGAUUUGGAAAACGGCGUUGCUGCGCAACUUGCCUUAGACUUUAGCUAG